AUGAAAAAUAAAGUUUCUUUGGCCAAAAAUGAAAUUACCAAAAAAAAAUCCACCGUGUUACUAGUAGUCGUCUACUCUGCAUCCUGUCUGAGUCUCUCGGUCUCUCCGCUGUCUUCUGCUGUCGCCGGAGCUCAUCGGUGCGGCUCGCUGCUGUUCUGGUUCUGCCAUUGCGUCAUUUCAGGCGAGGCAGUUAUUGUUUUGAGAAUUGAGAUGGCGGUGGUUCAGUUUCAAGCUACUAUGUGUCUGAAUCGUCCCCUUGGCUGUUCUGAUGGGCGUCUAUGUUUUGCAAGACCUCGUCAUUUCCUUCCCCAGAGGUCCUCCUUCCCAAAUGCAGCGCUUCAAAUUUCCACUUCAAGGAUAAAUGCUUCCAUUGCUAAAUCAACCGUUACUCUCUGCUCUACCCAAUCCCAAUCCCAAACUUCCCAAGAGUCGUCUAUUGUUAAAGAAAAAAGUGUCUCUGUUGUCCUACUCGCUGGAGGCCAGGGGAAGAGGAUGGGUGCUAGCAUGCCCAAGCAGUAUCUUCCACUUCUAGGUCAACCAAUUGCACUCUAUAGUUUCUACACUUUCUCACGCAUGGUUGAAGUGAAAGAAAUCAUUGUCGUUUGUGAUCCUUCAUACAAGGACAUUUUUGAAGAUGCGAAAGUGAAUGACAAAGUAGAACUUAAAUUUGCACUUCCUGGAAAAGAAAGACAGGAUUCUGUCUACAAUGGGCUGCAGGCUGUUGAUUCAAACUCGCAGCUUGUUUGCAUUCAUGAUUCUGCAAGACCUCUGGUGUUAUCAGAAGAUGUGAAAAAGGUCCUUAAAGAUGGAUUGUUGAAUGGGGCUGCCGUUCUUGGUGUCCCUGUGAAGGCCACAAUCAAAGAGGCAAACAAUGAAUCAUUUGUAAUUCGAACACUGGACAGAAAAACGCUAUGGGAGAUGCAGACCCCUCAGAUAAUCAAGCCCGAGUUACUAAAGAAAGGAUUUGAGCUUGUAAAUAGGGAAGGUCUUGAGGUAACAGAUGAUGUAUCCAUUGUAGAACACUUGAAACAUCCUGUUUAUAUCACCCAAGGAUCUUAUACCAAUAUCAAGGUGACAACGCCUGACGAUUUGAUAUUAGCUGAGAGAAUAUUGAAUUUACACUCUGCAGAAAAGUCCUCUUAAAAAGUUUUUGCCAUCUGAGGAAAAAUCAUUCUCAAAUGUAUGUUGCUGAAUUAGAAUGCUUUUGGUCCUCCUGCAAGCAAAGAGAAAUGUUGAACCGGCUUUGAUUAGGCAAAUUCUUUUUUAAUCUGAUACCAACUUCAUCGUCACCCAAUUAAUAAAGCACUCAUGAGGGCAUGACUCAUGAUCCAAAAUGCAAAGGAUUAAAGUUUAUUUGUUUAUUUAUAUUUUUAUCUUCCAAUAAAUUGCUUGAUUAAAUAAAAUCAAUUUCCCAAGUUUUAGAAGCUUUUCAUUACAAGAGGAUGAUAAUUAACAUUUCUCUAACUGUUAGUGUAGUUGUUGUAUUAUGACUUGGAGAUAUCAAUAUUCAUAUAUCAUUUCAUUCUUAGCUAAGUGGGAAUACCACUGUACUAGCUUCCUAGUUCCUAUUACUCUACACAAUAAAUUAGGCACCAGUGAUGGUGACAGCUUGACAAAAGUCUUGUAUACCCUCAUUGGCCUCAUAUCUGUGUCUAUCUAGUGAGAUUGUAAAUUAAGCAUGUGAUUUAGAUACCCUCCUAACUAACUUUAUUACUAAUAGUAUGGUAUCCUACCAAUAACGAGGAUGGUUAGUGAGUUUAAUUUCGACAUUGGAAACAUGGAGGAGUUGCAAUUGGCAUGUAGCAUUUAUAUAACUGAAUUAAUUGUUUUACAAUGGCAGAUAAGAUCAGAUCAGAUUCACAUACCGGGUAGAAAUGGAAGUGGUUGGUUUGUAUUUGCCAUAUAUUCCUUGAACAGUCAGUAACAAUAGAUGCCAGAAUUUCGUGCUUAUUAUACAUGUGAGUAUAAAAUCAAUGAGCAAGGUUAAAUUUCUUUGUUGCUAGCCUUGAAGUUGUUUAUAUUUGUAACAAUACCUGCAAGGAUCAUUACACUUAAGUCUCUUAGAAUGUCAGGGAAGCAGGGAUUCAACUCUAAAUUACUUGGUCCAAUAGGCCAUUGACAUUUAGUAUUGAUACAAGUCAAAAGCUAAAAUCCUUAGGUAAAGUGGUGUCUUAUGAUAUCACCAAACUUG